UCAGACCCGCAGUUGUAGACCCGCAGUUUUAGACCCGGAAGUGACGUUACCAUUUCUAGGCAAGGCGAAAACAACGCCUCCAUUUAUCGAACACAAGUCUUAGUUUUUAGCACGAGCGCAGCAUUUUUGAGCACGAACAAAAUAUGACAGAAAACAGCACGAAACACAUAACUAUUCAAUUGGGAGAGUCAGUACCACUGCUGACUCAAUGCAACAGAUGUUGCACCUUGUUCCAUUGUCCUUUUGUAGUGGUAAUGUUUUUAAGCCCUCCAAACUGGAAAAAUUAAAAAAGCAUUUGAAGAGUCAUUUCAAGAAGGCAGUUCUCCAUGAAGUAACAUGACAAAACGAAUAUCUUCAGGCACAUGGAUACUAAUUAAAAACAAGAAUCUUCCACAGCAGUUGGUUGGGUCAGUGGAUUGUGGAGUAUUCAUGUUGAUGUAUGCUCUGCACCUUGUCUUGGAUGCGCCAUUUGACUUCACAGCUUGUGAUUUACCCUUGAUCAGGAGGUGGUGGUGCUUCAUUCUGUUGGAGAAUUUUGCUGUUGAAAGGACAAAGGCGUUCACUAAAGGGGCACUGGAGAGUGUGAAUGAGACCCAGAGCAGUGAGGAGGAACCACUAAUAAAAAGGGACCUCCACACUGCAGUAAAAUGGUUGCACCAACAUAGACAGUUGUUCAGAGGUGCCGUGUCUGAGCCCCAUUUUCUGGAGAUGGAGGAGGAGGACCAAAGCCGAGCUCUCCAGGACAUCAUCGAUGCAGUUGAAACUGAAGAUUUAAUUUUGGCAAAAGAACCCUUUAUAUUUAUUUUUCAGUUUAGGGAUGAUAUGGAACUUUUCACUCAAAAAUGUCGGGAUAAAAUGAAACUUAAAGUAAACUGCAUAUUUAAUGAAUCAGUAUAAUUAUUGUCUGUUGCUACAUUGAUUGUU